AUGGAGGGCCUUCCACAGAACUACCGAGACAAUAUCACGAUCGACAACGGGGUCGAAAUUGUCUGGGUGAACCAAAAAGGACAGGUCAUCCCGAAAGACAAGGCCGGCGCAGCGUCUUCCGCAGUGGAAGAUGAUGCGGACGUUGUUGUCGGCAUGCCUCGCGUUGCGAGCAUCAGGAAAUCGGCGGUAGAGACGGAAUUGAACAACAGCAGCCUCCCAGCCAGCCCUGGGGGCACGCGCCGCACGUCGGUCGCUGGCACCGUGUCGCCCUCCCCCCAGCUGAUCGGAGCGUGGUUUACUAACGGGACGGACACCGGAGGCGAGGGGGCACCAACUUCUCCCGCGGGCUCCACCGGACCACCGGACACCGAGGACGACGACGCCGACCCCGAGGGCCAUCCCUGUAUGGCCCUCGAGCCGUAUGCCCGCGAAAUGUACAACACCGUUCGGAAGGGGCUACUUGGGAAGAAAAGGACCCCAAUGGAGACGCUGCUGAGCUGGAAGGGAAAGCAGAUCACGGUUCCGCUGACGAUCGCGUGCAACCAAGCAAAAGCCGUGUCGAGCGAGUGCGUGGCGUGCUUUGGGGAUAUCAUGGUGUAUAUGGGCGACAAGAAAGCCAAGGAAUCCGGAAUGCAGCUCAUCAAGAGCCUCCACACGAGGUUGUUGGCUUCCACGCAAGAGUUCAGAGAUGAAAUUAUCUGCCAGGUAUGCAAGCAGACCACCUCAAAUCCAGACGCCAAUAGCGACCUGCGCGGUUGGCAGUUGAUACUGUCGAUCCUGGCCGUGGCGACGCCAAGCAAAGGGCUGAUUCCUUGCUUCAGAAAGCAUUGUGAGCUGGGACCUGUGGGCUCGAUUCCUCAGACGUAUGCGCAAUACGCUCUGUCGGCCCUGCACAAAGUGGGUAAAACAGAAGGCCGUAAUUAG